AUGGCAACUUCAAGUGUAAGAAAACCCCGUCCACCCAGACCUUACUUCCCUUCAAGAACCCCACAACACUACUAUCCCCAUCAGGAUGUGGCCUAUGAUAUGGUUCCUCAACCAUACGCAGUGCUGAAUGCCCAGCCAUACGUUAGGCCACAACAACAGUUCAACCAAACCGAGCUCCAUUUUCCAGAAAUCAACGUCCUCGCCAAGCUCAAUAGAAUCCUCGACCACCACAAAAUAACUUUCCCUACAAUGCCUGUGCCUGGGAACCACCCGGGACGGCAGAACCCAACAUCGCCCGCCUACAGAGCCGGUACUAGAUGCGCCUACCAUUCGGGAGCGGAAGGGCAUGACACAGAUGACUGUUGGACCCUGAAAAGGGCCGUAGAAAACCUUAUAGAACAAAAGCGGAUAGUGCUAAAGGACGAAGACAUUCCUAAUGUGACCAACAAUCCAUUACCGGCUCACAACAACGGGCCUGUUAUUGGAAUGAUUUGUAAAGAUAAAGAAUUAGACCCAGCUCUAAAAGCCAUCAUUGCCAUAGCCGAUGUGGAAAGGAAGCCAAAGGCUGCCGUAAAACAAGACAAGGGGGAGAAGAAGAAUAAACCCACACCUCAAAAAACAGAAAAGAAAGCAGAAACCGAAACUGGGGCAACGCCCUCAAAAGAUGUCGUUCUCUAUGUUCCCCGAGGCCACAAGAAGGAACAAAAGACAUUGAGCCCGCCAAGAAGGUUUGAGCUGAACAAGGGACCCAAAAAGUAUGUGCCUAAGGGGACCUAUGGGGUGCGGGGGCCAGUAAUUUCACCAAGGCUGAAUGAGCCCGUGGUUAUUGGCCACACACCGCAAAGGCCCAUGAUAGACCCUACUGCCGUCCCAUGGAAUUGCAACAAGGCGGUAGUAACUUAUAAGGGAAAAGAGGUCUCAGGAGAAACAAAUGAAGUUAAACCAGCUGAGAAAUACUUUAAUGUGGAGGAAGUGAAUAGUGCCACGAAGAAGCGUUUUCCACUCAAGAAGCCAGUUAGUGCUGAAGAAGUAGAAGAGUUCUUCCGAAAAAUGAAAACGGCGGACUACGAGAUAAUUGACCAACUCCGCAAGUCCCCUGCUCAGAAGGUGUUGAUCAAAACCCUCAACGAAGCGUAUGUUCCCAUUGAAACCACUGUGGAGCAGCUGGAAAGGAUGGCGGAAAGAUUUUUUGCUGUAGAUCAAAUUUCUUUCAGCAAGAAUGAUCUGCCCCCGGAGGGGGCCGCCCACAACAAAGUCCUUUACCUGACAGUUAUAUGCGAGGGAUAUUAUGUGAAAACGGUCAUGCUGGAUGGUGGUUCCGGAGUAGAUAUUUGCCCUCUCUCAACUCUGCAAAGAAUGGAGAUCGGUACUGAGAGAAUCAAGCCCAACAACGUCUGUGUGCAUGCCUUUGAUGGCAUCAAGAGAGAUACCAUUGGUGAAAUUGAUUUGAUUCUGACAAUUGGUCCGGUGGAUUUCGAGGUGACCUUUCAGGUCCUGGAUAUGGAUACUUCCUAUAAUUUCCUCUUGGGAAGACCUUGGAUUCACGCAGCAGGGACUGUACCUUCCACUCUCAACCAGAUGGUGAAAUUAGAACAUGAAGAUCAGGAGAUUGUAGUUCACGGAGAAGAUGAGCAGUCGAUUUACCGGGACCCGUCAGUCCCAUGUCUCGAAGCUAGGGAAGGAAGUGAACAUAUAGUCUAUCAAGUUUUCGAGGUUGUGGUCGCAGACCAAUGUGAAGAAGGAAACCCUUGUCCUCAACCCUUUCUCUCAAAUGUGUCAAUUAUGGUUGCAAAGGAAAUGAUCAGGCAUGGUUAUAAACCCGGGAAGGGGCUUGGGACAUCAUUGCAAGGAAUCACCGAACCUGUCACUCUUGCUGCUAGCGAGAAGUUGUUUGGGGUAGUUUUCCAACCCACGCCAGCUGAUGAAAAAUGGGCAGAUAAACGAAAGAACAAUGGUUGGGUCUUGCCUCAGCCGAUUCCGCAUCUUUAUAGAACAUUUGCUUUAGCAGAUCACCUGGCUGAAAACCCUGUUGAUGAUGAGUACCAGCCCUUAAGCACCUACUUCCCGAACGAAGAGGAAAAUUCAGUUGAGAUAACACCAGAAGACACCAAUGCUUGGAAAAUGUUCUUUGAUGGAGUUGUGAACGCAAAAGGCGUUGGAAUUGGGUAUCUGAAAGUUACAAGGAAUUUCUGGGUCAUUUUCGAGUCUAAAAUUGGUUUUCAAGUCUGGUUGUUGCUGAUUUACAGAAUCGAAUCUGCUGCUGCUGAUUCUUCUUAA